AUGUAUGUAUGUAUGUAUGUAUGUAUGUACGUAUGUAUGUAUGUAUUUAUUAUUGUAUGUAUGUAUGUAUGUAUGUAUGUAUGUAUGUAUGUAUGUAUGUAUGUAUGUAUGUACGGUAUGUAUGUAUGUAUGUAUGUAUGUAUGUAUGUAUGUAUGUAUGUAUGUAUGUAUGUAUGUAUAUACAUAUAUAUAUAUAUGUAUGUAUGUAUGUAUAGAUGGAUGGAUGGACGGAUAGUUGGAUGA